UUCUUUUUUUUUGAUGUGUCGUUAAUUUUUGCUUGUGCGUUUUGAGCUUUCUAUAAUUUUCUGGGGGAGGGAAGUUUCAAAUCGAACAAUUUAACAAUUUAUAGAUUGAGAUUGCAAUUAUCAAGUUGUGUUGUUGCUGUUGUUGUUGUUGCUACUUCUCUCCAUCUGUUGCGUAGAUGACGACCAUACUAGCAUUAUCUUAUAGACAUAGCCUAUCGUCACCAUGCAAACCUCGAUUGGGUUGGUCGUCUACUGCCAUACUUCAAUCAACUAUAUAUAAUAAUAAUCAUAGCAACAGAUAUGGAAGUAGUAAGCGAUAUGUUUCAUCCACCAUUAUCUUCACAGCUAUUGAUAGAUCUCCUUCAAUUCCCAUGGGGACCAUUAAGAGUAAUAAGAUUGGUAAAUUAAGAGUACCGUUAUUGAAGAGUCCCUCUCAUUUGGGUCAUUUCACAAGUCGAAUGAGUCGAUUGUAUAAUGAAGAUAAAUAUAGUGCUAAUGUAUUGACUUUACAAAGUGAAACUGGGGAACGAACAUUAUUCAAUUUUAAUAUAUUCGAUGGACAUGGUGGUGAACAAUGUUCAACUUUUUUAAGUCAACAUUUAUCCGAAAAUAUCGAGAAUUGUCAAUCAUUGUUGGAUGAUAAGAAUUUAAGAAAUGAAUUAAUUAAGAAUUAUGAAACUAAUAUUGGAGGAUAUUGGAAAAGAUGGUUCAGACAUAAAGAAGAAAAUUUUAAAACCAUGAAGAAUAAAGAUGAUAAUAUCAAAUUAUCCCGUUUUAACAAUUCAGAAAAGAAUGAAAAAGGGGAAAUUAUUAAUAUUGAUGAUGAUUUAAGAUUUAGAUUACCAUUAACAUUUUUAAACACUGAUUAUGAAUUCUUCAACCAAGAUGAUAAUUCAGCCGGUUCAACCUGUACAAGUGCUAUCAUUGAAACCCUUUAUACUGAACCUGGUGGUGAACCUAAACCUGUAUUUGAGAAUUAUUACUUUAAUAGAAAAACCAUAUCAAAAUUAACCAUUGCUCAUGUGGGUGAUACUAAAGCCAUACUAGUGGAUAGGAAUGGACUAGCCAAUGCAUUAACAUUUGAACAUCAUCCUUCUAAUCCUAUGGAAGCAUCAAGAUUAAGAAAAUAUGCUGCCAAUAUGUUUAUGACUGAUUCAUUUGGAGAAGAACGUUUCAUUUCAUUAGCUAAUACAAGAUCAUUUGGAGAUAUUAAUUUCAAACAAAUAGGAGUUAGUGCUGAACCAGAUGUCAUUCAAUUAAUCAUUGGUGAUGUUAAUACCGUUCAUAAAAUGUUAACUCCUGAUGAAAUUAAAGACUAUACUAUAAAUGGAAUUGGAGGUGAUGAAAGUUUUUUAGUACUUUGUACUGAUGGGAUAACCAAUUUCUUAACUGAUCAAGAAAUUGCUGAUAUAGUGAUGGUUAAUUUCAAUAUGAGAGGUCAUCAAGUUGCUAAUCCUCAAUUAUGUGCUGAAGAAAUUAUAAAAUUUGUAGAAUAUAUUGGGGGUGAUGAUAAUGCUACAUGUUUAGUAAUAAGGUUAAAUGGAUGGGGUAAAUGGCCAGUACUUGAUAGAACAGGUGAAUUAAGACAAUCAAGAAUGGAUGAUUUCAAUCCAAGAGGUAGAAGUGGGUGAAUGUGGAUGAUAUACCCAUAUGUUUAGAGAAUGAUUUCAAAUAUGCAUUUUUACAGUUAUUAUAGUUUUUCAUUUCGUCAUAUUUAGACCAGUUUUAGUUAUUUUAGUUUGUUUAUUGAAAUA